GGACGCAGAGCAGCAGAAGUCUCCGAGCAGAGGAUUGUCAACAGAGGAGUCACGGUCAGCAAGAGUGUUAACAGCUCCUUCUACUGAUGAAAAUAUUUCAACGAGUCUCUUCAGUCCUUAGCACGUUUAACAAGGAGGGAGUCUCCUCUCUGAUAGGGUCUGUCUGCACCUACAACCAGAAGAUAGAACAAUCAAAUCCCAGAGGCUGCUGUUGAGCUCUUCAGAAAGGCUACUACAGUCAAUCGAACAACUGACCCCACGCAGUCGCUGUCCCGUUCGGUGCCGGGGCCAACAUGGCGGCCUCCAGUGUGACCAUGUCCAGUUCGAGGGCCCCGACUCUCGGCUUUGAGGACUACAGCCUUUACAGCGGCCUGUCGGAGGACGAGCUGAUCGCGAUGGCCAUCGAGCACAGCCUGGCCGAAGCCCACGCCUCCGGCGCUCAGUCCGCGGCCGCGAAGGUGCCCGCCCUGCAGGUCCGUCAGAAUCCGGCCGUCCAGAACCCGGCGCAUCAGAAUCCGGCCCGUCAGAAUUUGUUCGCCCGGCGCACGUUCCCUCCACGUGAGCAGAAUGUGCCCCCACCGGCCAACCCGCCCAGUGAGAAGGCGUAUGAUAAAAUGGGUAACAUCGAGGCCCACUUCGUCACUGGCAGUGGGAAGCGCAUGGUCCGGUGGCGAAAAUAUGAUGGAAGUCUACACGUUUCACCAGAACCUCUGGAAGAAAUAAACCCUUUGUGCCGCGCCGUCUGGGAGGGCAAUGUGAAGGUGGUGAGAGAACUGGUGAAGAAGUCCCCAAAAAGUAUAACCGAGCCCUACAGAGAAGGGUGGAUAGCCUUGCAUGAAGCAGCGUACUACGGCCAAGAGGAGUGCCUCCAGAUCCUGCUGAGGGCCCGCCCCGAGAUGAUAAACAUACGCAGUGACAAAAACCACACUCCCCUAUUCCUGGCUGUGAGCCGCAGCCAAGUGGCCUGUGUUCAGUUCCUGCUGGAAAAUGGAGGGGACCCUAACAUACCCAACUGUGCCAAAGAAACUCCCCUCCUUAAAGCUUGUGAGCGAGAGAACGCGGAAAUUGUGGCAGCGCUCCUUAACCAUGGAGCCCAGGCGAAUAAGAUCUGUGUCCAGGGCUGGACAGCCCUUCACGAGGCCGUGAGCCGCAACAACGUGGAGAUCUGCGAGAUGCUGGUGAGAGCCGGCGCCAAGAUCAACGCCCGCAACAUGUACGGCAUUAGCCCGCUCUUCUCGGCGGCCCAAAGUGGACAAGUGGACACCCUGCGCUUCUUAAUCAAAAACGAUGCGGAUAUAAACAGCCAGGCCAAUGACGGGGCUACAGCUCUGUAUGAGGCCAGUAAGAAUGGCCAUGAAGAGAUUGUGGAGCUCCUUCUGUCUCAGAACGCCGACGCCAACAGAGCAACUAAAUCUGGGUUCCUGCCCCUGCACAUCGCUGCCCAGCGCGGAAAUGAGUCAAAAAGGCUCCUCUACAAAAUGACCGACCCCUACAAUUAUGAGAGUUCAGUUAAAAUUGUGUCCCUGCUCAUCCCCGUCACCAGUAAAGCCCGUGUACGCCGCAGUGGCAUCAGCCCCCUCCACCUGGCCGCUGAACGCAAUAAGAACGACGUCCUGGAGGUCCUGAUCGAUGCCGGCUACGAUGUCAACGCCACGCUGUCACUUGACCACUCCAAGAUGUAUGAAGACCGCCGGAGCACGACCCUCUACUUUGCGGUCUUGAACAACAACAUCGACGCCACCACCAUGCUCCUGGAUGCAGGCGCUAACCCCAACCUGGACACCUUCAGCCCGCUGCUAGUGGCGCUGAGGCAGGGCUGCAUCCAGACCGUCACCCUCCUGGUGGACCAUGGCGCCAAUGUCAACGCCAGUGUCUCCACCCACCCCACUUCUUUCCCUGGCACCGUCAUGUUCUGCAUGAAGUACCUCUCCCUGCUCAAGUACCUGAUGGACAAUGGUUGUGAUGCCCUGUCCUGCUUUCAGUGUCAUUACGGCUGCAACCCCCACCCACCCAUCAAGACAACACGCAGGAGGGACAGCCUGGAUGACAGAAGUGAAGAGGCUCCCAAAAUACCUGUCCAGUUCUGCGAGAUGAUUUCAGCAGAGCGGAACUCUCGCUGGGCGGGACCUAUUAUUGACGUACUGCUUGACUACGUUGGGAAUGUGCAGCUCUGUGCCAGGCUCAUCGAACAUCUGGACAGCUACGAGGACUGGGCAGGCAUCAAGGAGAAAUCCGUGCCACCUCGUCCGCUAAUGCAGCUGUGCAGAAUUAGGAUCUGCAGUCUGGUGGGAAGAACGAGACUGAGGCGCCUGAACACUCUGCCCCUCCCAGGACGACUAAUCAAGUACCUGAAACACGAAGAGCGAAUACGAGAAGUUGACCUUUGACCUGUGGCUUGUCUGUUUAAUUGUCUGGGCUCAUUUUGCACAAAUGUCUUGGUAUGUAUUCCUGACAUCUCACAAAGCCCAGUGACGUAUAUGUGAUGGCAAAUAUCUUUGCCUUGACAAGAUUUCUGAACACAUCCUUUUUGAUAAAUUUUGUGGUGCGCCCAUACAGAUGCAAAUGCAGGCGGACACACACGCAGACACGCAAGCACACACACACGCGCACACACACACAUGCUUAAUAAAAUGACAAAAAAUGUGCUCCUUUUGAUAGCAUGCAUGAUACGACCAUCAUGAAUAAUGUCAAAUGAAACUUCACUGUGAAAAUCUUUGUAGUGCAAGUCAGGAUUUAUAUGAUUUUAGUUUUUGACCAUUUUCUCUGGGAACAUUGAUAUAAGGAGAAAUUUGUAAAACUGAGUGGAUUUUGUGAAUUUAAUAUUUCUUUAGCCAAAGAAGGUUCUUGAACCUCCCAUGGUCAAACCUAC